AUGAAUACAUACUCAGCUGUUGCUACUGUCAUCGUUGUUGAUGUUGCUACAGGAAUUGCUGCUACUGCUGCAACGGUUGCUACUGUCAUCGUUGUUGAUGCUGCUACAGGAAUUGCUGCUACUGCUGCAACGGUUGCUACUGUCAUCGUUGUUGAUGCUGCUACAGGAAUUGCUGCUACUGCUGCAACGGUUGCUACUGUCAUCGUUGUUGAUGCUGUUACAGGAAUUGCUGCUACUGCUGCAACGGUUGCUACUGUCAUCGUUGUUGAUGUUGCUACAGGAAUUGCUGCUACUGCUGCAACGGUUGCUACUGUCAUCAUUGUUGAUGUUGCUACAGGAAUUGCUGCUACUGCUUCAACGGUUGCUAGUGUCAUCGUUGUUGAUGCUGCUACAGGAAUUGCUGCUACUGCUGCAACGGUUGCUACUGUCAUCGUUGUUGAUGCUGUUACAGGAAUUGCUGCUACUGCUGCAACGGUUGCUACUGUCAUCGUUGUUGAUGUUGCUACAGGAAUUGCUGCUACUGCUGCAACGGUUGCUACUGUCAUCGUUGUUGAUGCUGUUACAGGAAUUGCUGCUACUGCUGCAACGGUUGCUACUGUCAUCGUUGUUGAUGCUGCUACAGGAAUUGCUGCUACUGCUGCAACGGUUGCUACUGUCAUCGUUGUUGAUGCUGCUACAGGAAUUGCUGCUACUGCUGCAACGGUUGCUACUGUCAUCGUUGUUGAUGUUGCUACAGGAAUUGCUGCUACUGCUGCAACGGUUGCUACUGUCAUCAUUGUUGAUGUUGCUACAGGAAUUGCUGCUACUGCUGCAACGGUUGCUACUGUCAUCGUUGUUGAUGCUGCUACAGGAAUUGCUGCUACUGCUGCAACGGUUGCUACUGUCAUCGUUGUUGAUGCUGCUACAGGAAUUGCUGCUACUGCUGCAACGGUUGCUACUGUCAUCGUUGUUGAUGCUGCUACAGGAAUUGCUGCUACUGCUGCAACGGUUGCUACUGUCAUCGUUGUUGAUGCUGCUACAGGAAUUGCUGCUACUGCUGCAACGGUUGCUACUGUCAUCGUUGUUGAUGCUGCUGCAGGAAUUGCUGCUACUGUUGCAACGCCACAGAUAAGUGCAACUGUAGCUGAGCUACAGCUUUCAGUUGUAUUAAGGCUACAGCCACCCAGACCCAGACCGCUAUUAUAA